AUGAUUUUGAACGACCUCUUCCCUAUUCUUGGGUUCCUUACCCUCGCCACUCCAUCCUUCGCCAUCCCUCACAACACCGGCCCGAAAGACCAUGACGGUAGUUGCUUUGUCAAGUUCAACGAUUUCAUUGCAGGCGUCACCGAUGCGACUUAUGACAAAUGGGCGCACACCACUGUUCAGAACGCCACAGCUUUCGAAGAGAUAAAGUCGCACAUCCUCACCAUGUACCAUGGUAUCGGGGAAGUUACCCAUUCCUUCAUUUAUGACGACGAAUAUGGCGACUGCGUAGACGUCAAGAAACAACCUGGCCUACGUCUCCAGGGUAUUGACCACAUUGCCCCUGCUCCCAUUGACACAUGCUCCGAGGAGAAUGCGAAAACAGCGGAUGGUCCUCAAACCCAAUUUGUGGAGUCUCCUUUGAAGCUUGAUCUCAAAGAUAGCUUCGGGAACGUCAUUUAUUGUCGGGACCUCACCAUCCCUUUCCCUCGUUUAACCCUCGAGAAGUUGACCAGCUUUAGGACGCUGGCUGAUUUCUUCAGCAAGGGGAAUGACACCGAGCCUGCUCUUACCAUUGACAAUGGUGGGGAUGGUGGCUCUUCCCGCCGCCAGCUCGUUGCACGUGGAGCUGCUCAGCCCCACCUUUACGCCGUAGCCAGCCAGACCGUUAAAAACUUCGGUGGCAAUUCGUGGCUUAGUCUUUGGAAUCCAGUUGGCGAUUUUUCGCUCUCGCAGCAGUGGUAUGUGGGUGGAUCCGGGGCUAAUCUCCAGACGGUUGAGGGAGGCUGGGUUGUUUAUCCUGGUAAAUUCAAGACCAAGAACGCGGUUCUCUUCAUCUUCUAUACAGCCGACAACUACAAGACGAAGAAGUGUUGGAAUCUGGACUGCGCAGCUUUCGUUCAGACCAACAAGAACUGGUUCUUGGGCCGCGGAUUCACGCAUUACAGCGCCUUCGGUGGGGGACAAUGGGGAUUCGAGAUGCAAUGGAAACUCGUCGGCGGGAACUGGUGGUUGUAUCUCAAGGGUCCUGGAGCUUACGAAGCUGUGGGAUACUACCCAACCAAGAUCUUCGGCUCAGGCCAGUUGUCGAAGAGCGCGGAGGUAGUCGAGUAUGGUGGAGAGGUGACGCGAGACUCGGCAGAUCAUCGCUGGCCGCAGAUGGGUAGCUCAAUCUUUCCGUCUUAUGGGUUCGGUCAGUCAGCGUUCCAGCGUACCAUCUACUACACCGCGCGCGACGAACCCGGUGGAGUUGGUGUCUGGACCAACCUACAGAAACUUGUUAUCGGCUCCAAUAAGUGUUGGGACAUCAACAUCACACAAGCAGCUCAAGGUGGCUCGUGGGGGACAUACUUCUUCUUUGGUGGGCCAGGCGGUCAGACUUGCAAUUAA